CAGGUGAGGAGGAAGUCAGUGUCCCUUUGGGCGGGUGUUGUGCUGGCUCUGUCAGCCGAGCAUGGCCCCGGCUGCAGGACAACCCCGCUGGCACCGCUGUCCUGCCGGGGCCGGAGUUGGGGGGAUGUCCUUGGCCUUCCCUGUGGGCCGGAGGCAAAUCCCCUGCCUGUCCUUCUUGCUUCCUGCCCCAGGCCCCGAGCUGAGGACGGAGAGCCCGGAGGACAAAUCCCCCCGUGAGACCCUGGUGGGAGAGGCCGUUUUGAAGGGCUCCACGGUGCAGGAAGGCAGCGGGGAGGAAAAGGGCCGGAGAUCCCCCCGCAGGAGGGGCUCCAAAGCCAUCCCAGGGUGCUCUGAGGAGGAAAGAGCCAGCCUGUGCCGGGAAGGUGGCCUGGGCUUGAGUCAGAGCUCCAACCUGGUGGUCCCUGAGCAGCCUCCCAGCAGUGAGAAGCCCUUCAAGUGUUUGGAAUGUGGGAAGAGCUUCAGGAAGAGCGCCCACCUGAUCCGACACCAGCACAUCCACACUGGAGAACGUCCCUACACAUGUGGGGAAUGUGGGAAGAGCUUCAGUAACAGCUCCAACCUCAUCACUCACCAGCACAUCCACACCGGGGAACGUCCCUACACGUGUGGGGAAUGUGGGAAGAGCUUCAACCAAAGCUCCAACCUGAUCCGACACCAGGCCAUCCACACUGGGGAACGGCCCUACAUAUGUGGGGAAUGUGGGAAGAGCUUCAGUGACAGCUCCACCCUCCGCUCCCACCAGCACAUCCACACUGGAGAACGGCCCUACAAAUGCUUGCAAUGUGGGAAGAGGUUUCAGCGCAGCUCAACUCUCCUCAGGCAUGAGCAGACACACACGGAUGAGAGGCCCUUCCGCUGCAGCGACUGCGGGAAGGGCUUCAGUCGGAACUUCACCCUCAUCAACCACCAGCGCAUCCACACUGGAGAGAGGCCCUACAAGUGUGGGGAGUGUGGGAAGAGCUUCACCCAGAGCUCUAUGUUGACCUCACACCAACAGACCCACCGGUAAGAGAAGCCCUACCAGUGCCCCGACUGCGGGAAGAGCUUCGGCCGCUGCUUCCACCCCAAAUGAAGCCCCUGAUGGGGAGGCAACCCCUGGAGUCCAGUGACUGUCAGUCCAUCCCUUUUGACCACAAAGGGCCAGUCCCCUUU